CAGGGAUUUAGGGCUCGCGUCGCGACGGCGCCCCCAUGGAUCAAAGAUCGCCAUGGCAGCCGCGGGAGGAGGGCGUCAACGAAAUCUGCGCGCUGCUCCAGGAGGGCAAGCGGCCCAACGCCGACCAGGCGCGGAUUUUCGAGCAGCUCCAGCGCUGCAGCCAGGUCCCGGAUUUCAACAAUUACCUCGUCUUCAUCCUCUGCCGCAGCGAGGGACAAUCAGUGGUAGUCCGACAGAGCGCUGGAUUGCUACUGAAAAACAACUUAAAAUCGUCCUACAAACGUCUCCCUGGCGUCUACCAGCAAUAUAUCAAGUCGGAGCUUCUUCCUCGACUUGGAUCUCCAAACAGGGAACUACGUGCCACCGUCGGGACCGUCGUGAGUGUGAUCAUCCAGGAAGGCCAGCUCCAGACGUGGCCCGAGUUGUUCCAAGGGAUUCUAGAGUGCCUCGAGAGCAACGAUUAUAACCACAUGGAAGGAGCGCUUGACGCAUUGUCUAAGAUUUGUGAGGAUGCCGCCGAUCAACUAGACCAAGUUGUCCCAGGACUAGCACAGAAACCGUCUGAUGUGUUUAUUCCGCGGCUGCUGAAGUUCUUCUCGUCGUCUCACGUAACGCUAAGAAAGCUUGCGCUGGGCGCGGUGAACCAAUUUAUUAAUUUCAUGCCCCAGGUAAGAAGUGAGGUUUUGUUUUCUUCUUGCUGCUCAUACGCUGAGCUGUUUCAGGCACUCUUUGUUAACAUGGAUAACUACCUUCAAGGUCUUUUUACGCUUUCCAACGAUCCUGCGCCUGAAGUGAGGAAAUUGGUGUGUGCGGCGCUCGUUCGUUUGUUGGAGAUGGAUGCAGAAAUUCUCCGGCCUCACAUGAAAAGUGUAAUUGAAUAUAUGUUACAAGCAAACAAUGAUCCAGAUCCAGAAGUAGCGCUAGGGUCAUGUGAGUUCUGGACGGCAUUUUGUGAAGCACAGCUACCUUUGGAACUUUUAAGAGACGCCCUACCUCGACUAAUUGGAGUUCUUCUAACAAAUAUGAUAUAUGCAGAUGAUGAUGAAGCUCUGCUCGACUCUCAGGACGAUGAAAGCGUACCCGACUCGGAGCAGAACUUAAAGCCUAGAUUUCAUCAAUCACGAGUUCAUGGAAAUGAAACUGAUGAUGAUGAGGACACGGAUGAAAUUAUAAGUUCGUGGAAUUUGCGCAAGUGCAGUGCCGCUGGACUGGACACUCUAUCGACAUUAUUUGGCGACGAUAUUUUACCUCUCCUCAUGCCCCUAGUAGAGGCAAGACUAUCGAAUUCGUCGGAUGAUAAAUGGAAAGAUCGCGAGGCAGCAGUUUUGGCUCUAGGAGCUGUUGCUCAAGGCUGUAUAAAUGGUCUCCUUCCACACCUUCCUCAGAUGAUUGCAUUCCUUACACCACUUCUGGAAGACAAGCAUCCUUUGGUCAGAGGGAUCACCUGUUGGACACUGUCUCGUUAUAGCAAAUGGAUAGUCCAGGCAGCAAGUGAAACAAAUGGUCUCCAACAGUUCGAUAGUGUUUUAACGGGACUACUUCGACAAGUCAUUGGCACCAACAAACAAGUACAAGAAGCAGCCUGCUCCGCGUUUGCUACGCUUGAAGAAGAAGCGGCAGAAGAAGUUAUUCUUCAACAUCAUCUUGAAGUCAUUCUACAACAUCUUAUGUUUGCUUUUAGUAAAUACCAGCGCCGUAACCUACGAAUUUUGUACGAUGCCAUCGGAACGCUAGCAGAUGCAGUGGGUGGAGACCUUAAUGAGCCCAAGUAUCUCAAUAUACUGAUGCCACCAUUGAUAGCAAAAUGGCAACAGCUCGCCGAUAAUGACAAAGAUCUAUUUCCACUUCUAGAAUGUUUUACGUCCAUCGCACAGGCAUUAGGCUCUGGAUUUGCGCAGUACGCAGAACCGAUUUUUGCCAGAUGUAUUCGAGUUAUUCGCACGCAGGAAGUUGCGAAGGCUGAUCCUGGAAGGGCCGGUGUGCAAUAUGACAAGGAAUUCAUCGUGUGCUCACUCGAUCUACUUUCUGGUUUAGCUGAAGGUCUGGGAAGCAACAUGGAGAGCUUGGUUGUGAGAAGUGAUCUCAGAGAUCUCUUGUUUUAUUGCUGCGGCGACGAAGCACCAGAAGUUCGUCAAAGUGCACUUGCGCUUUUGGGAGAUCUUGCAAAGGCUUGUGCUGGUCACCUCCAACCGAGGAUGGGUGAUUUCCUCAGUCUUGCAGCAAGGCAACUGGACGUUGAACAUGUUUCUGUAUCUAACAAUGCGUGCUGGGCGAUAGGCGAAAUUGCAAUCAAGGUUGGAAAAGAGAUUGCUCCUAUUGUGAUGGGUGUCAUCAGUUGCCUGGUGCCCAUACUUUCGAGUGUUGAGAACGUCAACAAAUCGAUGCUGGAGAACAGUGCGAUUACCCUUGGAAGACUGGGUUGGGUUUGUCCCGAGCUCGUUGCUCCACACAUUGAUCACUUUAUGAAGAUUUGGUGCCAAUCGUUAGCCAUGGUCCGCGACGAUAUUGAAAAAGAGGACGCUUUCCGAGGACUUUGUGCAAUGGUAAGGCUGAAUCCCGGGGGUGCUGCAAAAUACUUUGGGUCUAUAUGCGAAGCCAUCGGUAGCUGGCAUGAAAUUCGAAGUGCCGAGCUACGCUCCGAGAUAACACAAGUCCUACACGGAUUCAAGCAGAUGCUUGGUGGAUCCUGGGAGCAGUACUUCAGUUACCUCGAUCCUGGCACCCAAGAAAAGCUGAAAAGAAGGUACGGCUUGUGACAAAUCACGGCAAAUCACAGGUUUCCACAUUGAUCUUUAUUCUGCGGGGUCUGGAGUGAAAAAAGGCCUGGUUUUUGUGCUUCCACCUCCCACUCGUGACGUUUUUUUUAGCAGCUUUACGCAAAGAAAAAAAAGAGAGAGACAGCGAGAGAGAUGUUUGAAUAAGGAGAGACUACCAAAGCAAGCCUUUUUUUUUUUUUUUUGAGUGGAGAAAGGGAGAGGAGAGAAGAGAAGAGCGGAGUUUUGUUUUGUAAAAAAGAAGCAAAGAUUUAUGUAAGACACUAAAAUUUUUGGAGGGAA